CGGUCAGAGCCGCGCCGCGAAAGCGCAGCUCUACGGGAGCGCCGACGCGCGUCCCUUCCGGCUCGCCGUAGCAGCCUUGCCGCCGCUUCCUCCGCCGGGGCCCCGGAUGCGAUGAGCGGCUGCGGCGCCGCUUCCAUCCUCCCGCUCUCCUGACGCGGCCGGAGCCCAGCCCGGAGGCCCAGGGAGAACGACACAUUGGAUAUAGAAGGGAGGUGAUCAUGCACCAUGGCACUGGCCCCCAGAACAUCCAGCAUCAGCUGCAGAGGCCCAGGGCCUGCCCUGGCAGCGAGGGUGAGGAGCAGUCGGCCCACCCCAACCCACCCCCAUCCCCCGCAGCUCCCUUCGCUCCCUCAGCGAGCCCAUCGGCACCCCAGUCUCCCAGUUACCAAAUACAGCAGCUGAUGAAUAGGAGCCCUGCAGCCGGGCAGAAUGUGAACAUCACCCUGCAGAGCGUGGGCCCUGUCGUCGGGGGAAACCAGCAGAUCACACUGGCCCCGCUGCCGCUCCCCAGCCCCACCUCUCCAGGCUUCCAGUUCAGUGCUCAGCCUCGGCGGUUCGAGCACGGGUCUCCAUCAUACAUUCAGGUCACGUCCCCACUGUCCCAGCAGGUCCAGACCCAGAGCCCCACGCAGCCCGGCCCCGGGCCGGGGCAGGCCCUGCAGAAUGUGCGUGCAGGUGCUCCUGGCCCUGGGCUGGGCCUCUGCAGCAGCAGCCCCACGGGGGGCUUCGUGGAUGCCAGCGUGCUGGUGAGGCAGAUCAGCUUGAGCCCAUCCAGUGGCGGACACUUUGUGUUUCAGGAUGGGCCAGGACUCACCCAGAUCGCCCAGGGAGCCCAGGUUCAGCUCCAGCACCCGGGUACGCCCAUCACAGUCCGAGAGCGGAGACCCUCCCAGCCCCACACACAGUCAGGGGGCACCAUCCACCACUUGGGACCCCAGAGCCCUGCAGCCGCGGGUGGGGCUGGCCUGCAGCCCCUGGCCAGCCCAAGCCACAUCACCACGGCUAACUUGCCACCACAGAUCAGCAGCAUUAUCCAGGGCCAGCUGGUCCAGCAGCAGCAGGUGCUGCAGGGGCCGCCGCUGUCCCGGCCCCUGGGCUUCGAGAGGACGCCCGGCGUGCUGCUCCCCGGGGCUGGGGGCGCAGCGGGGUUUGGGAUGACGUCCCCACCUCCGCCCACUAGCCCUUCCAGGACUGCCGUGCCCCCAGGCCUUUCCAGCCUCCCACUCACGUCUGUGGGGAACGUGGGAGUGAAGAAGGCUCCCAAGAAGUUAGAGGAGAUUCCCCCAGCCUCUCCGGAGAUGGCGCAGAUGAGGAAGCAGUGCCUGGACUAUCAUUACCAGGAGAUGCAGGCUCUGAAGGAGGUCUUCAAGGAGUAUUUGAUUGAACUGUUUUUCUUGCAACACUUUCAAGGGAACAUGAUGGAUUUCUUAGCUUUCAAGAAGAAACAUUAUGCCCCAUUACAAGCAUAUCUUAGGCAAAAUGAUUUGGACAUUGAAGAAGAGGAGGAGGAGGAGGAAGAGGAGGAAGAAAAGUCUGAGGUUAUCAAUGACGAGGUAAAGGUUGUGACAGGAAAGGAUGGGCAGACUGGGACUCCUGUUGCUAUAGCAACCCAGCUUCCGCCAAAGGUUUCUGCUGCUUUUUCCUCCCAGCAGCAGCCGCUCCAGCAGCAAGCCCUCGCAGGGAGCCUGGUAGCAGGGGCCGGAAGCACAGUAGAGACUGACCUGUUUAAGAGGCAGCAGGCGAUGCCCUCCACAGGUAUGGCAGAGCAGUCUAAGAGGCCUCGCCUUGAAGUGGGUCACCAAGGGGUAGUUUUCCAGCACCCGGGGGCGGACGCAGGCGUUCCUCUCCAGCAGCUAAUGCCGACCGCACAAGGAGGAAUGCCCCCCACGCCGCAGACCGCGCAGCUCACUGGACAGAGGCAGAGUCAGCAGCAGUAUGACCCCUCCACGGGGCCUCCCGUGCAGAACGCCGCCAGCUUGCACACCCCACUGCCGCAGCUGCCUGGGAGGCUGCCCCCAGCCGGUGUUCCCACCGCAGCCCUCUCCUCUGCGCUGCAGUUUGCACAGCAGCCGCAAGCAGUGGAGGCCCAGACACAGCUCCAAAUCCCGGUGAAGACUCAGCAGCCCAAUGUUCCCAUCCCUGCACCCCCCAGCAGCCAACUCCCCAUCCCUCCCUCGCAGCCUGCACCGCUGGCCCUCCACGUUCCCACGCCUGGGAAGGUGCAGGUGCAGCCCUCUCAGCUUUCCUCCCUGCCACAGACGGUGGCAUCGACAAGGCUCCCUGUGGACCCUGCCCCGCCCUGCACACGGCCUCUGCCCACCUCUUCUACCUCGUCCCUGGCACCUGUGAGUGGCUCCGGCCCAGGACCCUCCCCUGCUCGGUCCUCGCCAAUAAAUAGACCCUCCUCAACAACUAACAAGGCACUGUCUCCAGUCACUUCCCGGACCCCAGGGGUGGCGGCAUCUGCCCCCACCAAACCACAGAGUCCUGCUCAGAAUGCCACCUUGUCCCAAGACAGUUCUCAGGAUACGCUGACAGAACAGAUAACGCUGGAGAACCAGGUGCAUCAGCGCGUCGCGGAGCUGAGGAAAGCAGGUCUGUGGUCCCAGAGGCGUCUGCCGAAGCUGCAGGAGGCCCCACGGCCCAAGGCCCACUGGGACUAUCUGUUGGAGGAGAUGCAGUGGAUGGCCACAGACUUUGCCCAGGAGAGGAGGUGGAAGGUGGCCGCUGCGAAGAAGCUCGUUAGAACUGUGGUGCGCCAUCAUGAGGAGAAGCAGCUCCGUGAAGAAAGGGGGAAGAAGGAAGAGCAGAGCAGACUGAGGCGGAUAGCUGCCGCCACGGCCCGCGAGAUAGAGUGCUUUUGGUCAAAUAUCGAACAGGUUGUGGAAAUAAAACUACAAGUAGAAUUAGAAGAAAAAAGGAAGAAAGCCUUAAAUUUACAGAAAGUUUCCAGGAGAGGGAAAGAAUUGAGACCUAAAGGAUUUGAUGCAUUCCAGGAAAGUUCUCUGGAUUCAGGAAUAUCUGGAAGAAAAAGAAAAGCUAGCAUAUCUUUGACUGAUGAUGAAGUGGACGACGAAGAGGAAACAAUUGAAGAGGAGGAAGCAAACGAAGGCGUUGUGGACCACCAAACAGAACUUUCUAAUUUAGCCAAGGAAGCUGAGCUGCCCCUCCUGGACCUGAUGAAGCUGUACGAAGGCGCCUUCCUGCCGAGUUCUCAGUGGCCCCGGCCGAAGCCUGAUGGGGAGGACACGAGUGGAGAGGAAGAUGCGGAUGACCGUCCAGGCGACAGGGAGAGUCGCAAGGACUUGGUUCUCAUUGACUCACUUUUCAUCAUGGAUCAGUUCAAAGCUGCCGAGAGGAUGAAUGUCGGGAAGCCAAAUGCCAAGGACAUUGCGGACGUCACUGCAGUGGCUGAAGCCAUCCUGCCCAAGGGCAGUGCUCGGGUCACAACCUCGGUCAAGUUUAAUGCUCCGCCUCUAUUGUACGGGGCUCUCAGAGAUUAUCAGAAGAUUGGCCUGGACUGGCUGGCCAAGCUCUACAGGAAGAAUCUCAAUGGCAUAUUGGCAGAUGAAGCUGGACUGGGUAAAACAGUGCAGAUCAUUGCUUUUUUUGCCCACCUAGCUUGUAACGAAGGUAAUUGGGGCCCCCAUCUUGUUGUUGUGAGAAGUUGUAAUAUACUCAAGUGGGAGCUUGAAUUGAAACGUUGGUGUCCCGGGCUCAAAAUCCUCUCAUAUAUUGGCAGCCACAGAGAACUCAAAGCAAAGAGACAGGAGUGGGCCGAACCCAACAGCUUCCACGUCUGCAUCACGUCCUACACGCAGUUCUUCCGGGGCUUCACCGCCUUCACACGAGUGCGCUGGAAGUGUCUGAUCAUUGAUGAGAUGCAGCGUGUGAAAGGCAUGACCGAGAGGCACUGGGAAGCGGUUUUCACCCUGCAGAGCCAACAACGCCUGCUUCUGAUCGACUCGCCGCUGCACAAUACCUUCCUGGAGCUCUGGACCAUGGUGCACUUCCUGGUCCCAGGGAUCUCCAGACCCUACCUGAGCUCCCCUCUGAGGGCCCCCAGUGAAGAGAGCCAGGAUUACUACCAUAAGGUGGUCAUAAGGUUACACAGGGUGACACAGCCAUUUAUUUUGAGGAGAACUAAGAGAGAUGUGGAAAAGCAACUGACAAAGAAAUAUGAGCAUGUUUUGAAGUGUCGCCUUUCUAACCGACAAAAAGCCUUAUACGAGGAUGUUAUCCUACAACCCGGCACUCAGGAGGCCUUGAAGAGCGGGCACUUUGUCAAUGUCCUGAGCAUCCUCGUGCGGCUGCAGCGCAUCUGCAAUCACCCUGGGCUCGUCGAGCCCCGGCACCCAGGCUCUUCCUAUGUGGCGGGGCCCCUGGAAUAUCCGUCUGCAUCUCUAAUCCUGAAGGCACUGGAGAGAGAUUUCUGGAGGGAAACAGAUCUUUCUAUGUUUGAUCUCAUCGGCUUAGAAAAUAAAAUCACUCGUCACGAGGCAGAAUUGCUGUCUAAGAAAAAGAUACCACGGAAACUCAUGGAAGAAAUCUCCAUUUCAGCAGCCCCAGCAGCCCGACCAGCAGCAGCAAAGCUGAAGGCCAGCAGGUUGUUUCAGCCUGUGCAGUACGGCCAGAAGCCCGAGGGUCGCACCGUGGCUUUCCCCAGCACUCACCCGCCCCGGACGGCAGCCCCCACCACGGCCUCUGCUGCUCCACAGGGCCCGCUUCGAGGACGGCCGCCCAUCGCCACAUUCUCUGCCAAUCCGGAGGCAAAAGCAGCAGCAGCCCCGUUUCAGACCUCUCAGGCUUCCGCCAGUGCUCCACGACACCAGCCCGCCUCGGCCUCCAGCACAGCCGCUAGCCCGGCCCAUCCUGCGAAACUGCGGGCCCAGACCACAGCACAGGCCUCCACCCCAGGCCAGCCCCCGCCCCAGCCCCAGGCCCCCUCGCACGCGGCCGGGCAGAGCGCGCUGCCUCAGAGGCUGGUGCUCACCUCGCAGGCCCAGGCCCGCUUGCCUAGUGGCGAGGUAGUGAAAAUAGCUCAGCUGGCAUCCAUCGCAGGACCACAGAGCCGCGUGGCUCAGCCGGAGACGCCGGUGACACUGCAGUUCCAGGGCAGCAAGUUCACCCUGUCGCAUAGCCAGCUCCGGCAGCUCACGGCGGGCCAGCCGCUGCAGCUGCAAGGCAGCGUCCUCCAGAUCGUGUCCGCCCCCGGGCAACCCUACCUUCGAGCCCCUGGCCCCGUGGUGAUGCAGACCGUGUCUCAGGCGGGCGCUGUGCACGGCGCCCUGGGAAGCAAGCCCCUGGCCGGCGGUCCCAGCCCUGCACCCUUGACCCCACAAGUUGGCGUUCCGGGCCGCGUGGCGGUGAAUGCCUUGGCUGUGGGAGAACCUGGAACGGCCUCCAAACCAGCUUCUCCCAUUGGAGGGCCAACCCAGGAGGAGAAGACCAGACUCUUGAAAGAGCGCCUGGAUCAGAUUUAUUUGGUCAACGAGCGGCGCUGUUCUCAAGCUCCAGUCUAUGGCAGAGACUUGCUAAGGAUUUGUGCCCUGCCUGGCCACGGAAGGGUACAGUGGCGUGGGUCCCUGGAUGGCCAUCGUGAGAAGGAGGCCGGGCCAGCACACAGUUACGCUUCAUCCUCAGAAAGUCCAAGUGAGCUGAUGUUGACGCUUUGUCAGUGUCGAGAGUCUCUGCAGGAUGUUAUUGACAGGGUUGCCUUUGUGAUUCCUCCGGUGGUGGCAGCACCCCCAUCCCUAUGGGUGCCGCGGCCGCCACCCUUGUACAACCACAGAAUGAGGAUCUUCAGGGAGGGCCUGAGAGAGCAUGCUGCACCUUACUUCCAGCAGCUGCGGCAGACAACGGCUCCGCGCCUGCUGCAGUUCCCUGAGCUGAGGCUGGUGCAGUUCGAUUCAGGAAAGUUGGAAGCUUUAGCUAUCUUGCUUCAGAAGUUGAAAUCUGAAGGACGUCGGGUGCUGAUUUUAUCACAGAUGAUUCUUAUGUUGGACAUUUUAGAGAUGUUCUUGAACUUCCAUUACCUCACCUAUGUAAGAAUCGAUGAAAAUGCCAGCAGUGAGCAACGGCAGGAACUGAUGAGGAGUUUCAACAGAGACAGGCGGAUUUUUUGUGCCAUUCUUUCCACUCACAGCCGUACCACAGGUAUAAACCUUGUAGAGGCAGACACCGUCGUGUUUUAUGACAAUGACUUGAAUCCAGUGAUGGAUGCCAAAGCUCAGGAGUGGUGUGAUCGGAUCGGGAGAUGCAAAGACAUCCACAUAUACAGGCUUGUGAGUGGCAAUUCCAUUGAAGAGAAAUUGUUGAAAAAUGGAACUAAAGAUUUGAUCCGAGAAGUGGCUGCUCAGGGAAAUGACUACUCCAUGGCCUUCUUAACUCAGCGAACCAUCCAGGAGCUGUUUGAGGUUUAUUCUCCCAUGGAUGAUGCUGGCUUCCCGGUCAAAGCUGAGGAGUUUGUGGUGCUUUCUCAGGAACCUUCUGUCACGGAAACCAUUGCACCCAAAAUUGCAAGACCUUUCAUAGAGGCCCUCAAGAGUAUUGAGUAUCUGGAGGAGGAUGCCCAGAAGUCCGCAGAGGAGGGGGUGCCGGGACCACACACUGAUGCGCUGUCCUCAGACUCUGAGAACGUGCCAUGUGAUGAAGAACCAUCCCAAUUAGAGGAACUAGCUGACUUCAUGGAGCAGCUUACACCAAUUGAAAAAUACGCUUUAAAUUACCUGGAAUUAUUCCAUGCUUCCACUGAGCAAGAAAAAGCGAGAGACAGUGAGGACGCAGUGAUGACUGCAGUGAGGGCGUGGGAGUUCUGGAACCUGAAGACCCUGCAGGAGAGGGAGGCCCGGCUGCGGCUGGAGCAGGAGGAGGCGGAGCUCCUGACCUACACCCGAGAGGAUGCCUACAGCAUGGAGUAUGUCUACGAAGAUGUCGAUGGGCAGGCAGAAGUCAUGCCGCUCUGGACCCCACCCACCCCGCCACAGGAUGACAGUGACAUCUAUCUUGACUCGGUCAUGUGUCUCAUGUAUGAAGCCACUCCCAUCCCAGAGGCUAAGCUGCCCCCCGUGUAUGUGAGGAAGGAGCGGAAGCGACACAAAACAGACCCCUCAGCUGCAGGCAGGAAGAAGAAGCAGCGUCAUGGGGAGGCAGUCGUCCCUCCUCGGUCCCUGUUUGACCGAGCGACACCAGGCCUCCUGAAAAUUCGCAGAGAGGGCAAGGAGCAGAAGAAGAAUAUUCUGCUGAAGCAGCAGGUGCCGUUCGCCAAGCCCCUGCCAACUUUUGCCAAACCCACAGCUGAGCCUGGUCAAGACAACCCCGAGUGGCUCAUCAGUGAGGACUGGGCGCUGCUGCAGGCUGUAAAGCAGUUACUGGAGCUGCCUUUGAACCUCACAAUCGUGUCACCUGCUCACACACCUAAUUGGGAUCUUGUCAGUGACGUCGUUAACUCCUGUAGCCGAAUCUACCGCUCUUCCAAACAGUGCCGGAAUCGCUACGAGAACGUCAUCAUUCCACGAGAGGAGGGGAAGAGUAAAAACAACCGUCCUCUCCGUACGAGCCAGAUCUAUGCCCAGGAUGAGAAUGCCACACACACCCAACUGUACACGAGCCACUUUGACUUAAUGAAAAUGACUGCGGGCAAGAGGAGCCCCCCAAUCAAACCUCUGCUUGGCAUGAAUCCCUUUCAGAAGAACCCCAAGCACGCGUCUGUGUUGGCAGAAAGUGGAAUCAACUAUGACAAGCCACUGCCUCCCAUCCAGGUGGCGUCUCUCCGUGCAGAGCGAAUCGCAAAAGAGAAAAAGGCUCUGGCUGAUCAGCAGAAGGCACAGCAGCCGGCCGUGGCCCAGCCGCCCCCGCCCCAGCCGCAGCCCCCGCCACCCCCGCAGCAGCCACCACCACCACUGCCACAACCACAGGCAGCGGGCAGCCAGCCACCAGCAGGGCCACCAGCUGUCCAGUCUCAACCCCAGCCACAGCCCCAGACCCAGACGCAGCCUGUGCAGGCCCCAGCGAAGGCGCAGCCCGCAAUCACGACGGGGGGCAGCGCGGCCGUGCUGGCAGGAACCAUUAAAACAUCAGUUACUGGGACAAGCAUACCCACUGGCACCGUGAGUGGAAAUGUGAUCGUGAACACCAUCGCAGGGGUCCCGGCUGCCACCUUCCAGUCCAUCAACAAGCGCCUGGCGUCACCAGUGGCUCCUGGAGCCUUGACUACGCCGGGAGGCUCUGCUCCUGCCCAGGUGGUGCACACCCAGCCCCCGCCACGGGCAGUCGGCUCCCCAGCCACGGCGACCCCUGACCUGGUGUCCAUGACGACGACUCAGGGUGUUCGAGCAGUCACUUCUGUGACAGCCUCGGCCGUGGUCACUACCAGCCUGACCCCAGUGCAGACCCCGGCGCGGUCUUUGGUGCCCCAGGUGUCCCAAGCCACAGGAGUUCAGCUCCCUGGAAAAACCAUCACACCUGCACAUUUCCAGCUUCUCAGGCAUCAGCAACAGCAGCAGCAGCAGCAGCAGCAACAGCAGCAGCAGCAACAGCAGCAGCAGCAGCAACAGCAGCAGCAGCAGCAGCAGCAGCAGCAGACGACGACUUCUCAGGUGCAAGUUCCGCAGAUCCAAGGCCAGGCCCAGUCUCCAGCACAGAUCAAAGCUGUGGGCAAGCUGACGCCGGAACACCUCAUCAAAAUGCAGAAGCAGAAACUGCAGAUGCCUCCGCAGCCCCCACCGCCACAGGCCCAGUCUGCGCCCCCGCAGCCAACAGCCCAAGUGCAGGUGCAGGCCUCACAGCCCCCGCAGCAGCAGAGCCCUCAGCUCACCACGGUCACGGCCCCGAGGCCUGGAGCCCUGCUGACGGGCACCACCGUGGCCAACCUCCAGGUGGCCCGGCUCACCCGGGUUCCCACUUCUCAGCUGCAGGCGCAAGGGCAGAUGCAGACCCAGGCACCCCAGCCAGCCCAGGUGGCCUUGGCGAAGCCUCCAGUGGUGUCCGUCCCGGCAGCUGUGGUCUCCUCGCCGGGAGUCACCACCCUGCCCAUGAACGUCGCGGGGAUCAGCGUGGCGAUCGGUCAGCCACAGAAGGCAGCAGGACAGACCGUGGUGGCCCAGCCCGUGCAUGUGCAGCAGCUGCUGAAGCUGAAACAGCAGGCCGUCCAGCAGCAGAAGGCCAUCCAGCCACAGGCUGCCCAGGGCCCGGCAGCCGUCCAGCAGAAGAUCACUGCACAGCAGAUCACCACCCCUGGCGCGCAGCAGAAGGUCGCCUACGCCGCACAGCCGGCCCUUAAGACCCAGUUUCUUACCACACCCAUCUCCCAGGCCCAGAAACUGGCCGGGGCCCAGCAAGUGCAGACCCAGAUCCAGGUUGCAAAACUUCCUCAAGUCGUUCAGCAGCAAACACCCGUGGCCAGCAUCCAGCAAGUUGCCUCUGCUUCCCAGCAGGCUUCUCCACAGACUGUGGCGCUCACGCAGGCGACAGCGGCCGGGCAACAGGUGCAGAUGAUCCCUGCAGUGACCGCGACUGCCCAGGUGGUCCAGCAGAAACUCAUUCAGCAGCAAGUGGUGACCACGGCAUCGGCCCCGCUCCAGACCUCAGGCACUCCCAACCCAGCCCAGGUGCCCACCAGUUCUGACAGCCCAAGCCAGCAGCCCAAGUUACAGAUGAGGGUCCCUGCUGUCAGGCUAAAGACACCCACUAAGCCUCCGUGCCAGUAGUCAGGGCAGCAGGGCUGCCUCUCAUCUAAAGCAAAACUACCUUCCUCACGGAAAACGCUUUAUUUGUGAACCUCGGGACAAUGUCAUGCAAGAUAUUCAGCACUGGGAAAGAUAUAAUUGAAACAAAGUAGUGUAAUCAUUUUAUUAAAAUGCAUCCCGCACUGCAGGACAAAGGGACCUUAUGGAGCGCCCCCUUCUCUGUAAAAAGUGACAACGCGGUUUCCUCCAAAUCAUUUCGCCUUUCAGCCCCCACCCGCACCGGUCCCCCAGAGCCUAGUCCUGUGUUCUGAAGGCCAUUUCGAAUUUCUUUGUGAGCGUGUAGUGCUUUGCGUGCCACAGAAGCCAUCUAGUGUGUGAGGAGCAUACAGUGGACUUUCUAAAGAUAACACGUGCCAUGUGCCAGAGUUUAGUUCUUUAUACCUUACUGAAAAAUGCCUCAUGGUCUUCGUAGAGGAGAAGGCCUGUCUAAAGUAAAUCAUCCGAGAUUGGUUUUCCAUUCCAAAGAAAGCCAUUAUGGUUCUUUCCUUCCCUCCUAAAAUGUGACUUAACUUUUAAGAGAAAUGUCCUAACACCCACCUAAACACGCAAGGCACGUUCCUGGCUUGUGUUCAAGGGAAAUCAUCAGUCAUUGCAUUGUUAUUCCAAAGAGCAGCCAACAGUGGCUUCCCCCAGGCCCACCCCGCAAUGGGAUUGGCUUUCGUUUAAUGGAAACUUCUGGGACUGAUGCCUAACUCAGUGCACUCAAGAUGCAUCUCCAGUUUUUGGAGGAAGCUGGUGUUUGAUGUAGUGUGUUAAACAGCUCCUGAGAACCUUUGGGACGCUCCGCCAUGGCUGGCGUGAGGCCCAGAGGACCACGCAGAGGCAAUGUUAGUACCGAUGUCAUGGCUGAGGGGACGAUGGGGCCCGGACUCAGUGAGCCAGGGCGAAUGUGACAGACACCCCUUGCUGCCACAGCCAGCCCUUUGACAAAGGCUGGCUCGUGAUUCUGGAAGUAUUGGCUAUAGUGGUGGGCCCAGUCAGCUCUUCCUUGUGGACUUGUGACAGCAGAUUUUCUCUCAGAUAAGCUUGUAUGGUUCUGCUGUUGUGGAAGAAAGGAAGCCCAGUAUUUGCUACUGUUUUUCCCUUUUUUACUAUGACGAGAAAAUAAAUGCAAUUUUAGUGGAAGUGAUUGACUGACAAUGUCUCCUUACUUUGAAGUUUUCACCAAAACAAAAAGGUCCAUAUCCAAUAAUAUCCUUUGUACUCUGGCUUGAUUUUGGCCUAUUUUACAUUAUUUGGUCCAGGAAAUUAGGUUAUAUUAGGAUUUUUUGUAUACUAAAAAUUAGUUACGGCACAAUAAAGAUUUUCCAUUUUUACAUUGUAUUUCAUCUGCUUCCUCCCCAUUCUCUCACUUUAAGUGACAUUGAGGAAGGUAUUCUGUCCCAUAUGUUUCUGUGGACAGCGAUACGGCAGGAUUCAGUGAAAUCAACUGGGGAACUCACUUUUGAGCUCUUGAUAAGAAAUUUGGAGAAAAGUAAAAAUCAAGCUUUGAUAAAACAGAAGAAAUUAAUCUUUUAGUUAGGUGAACAUAUCAAAGCAGAGGACUGGAAUCUGUUUCUUCUAACCAAACCCGUUCUCCCUGACUCGGCGUGUGCCGUGAGAGCACAGCUUGCCGGAGGGAGGGCUGCUGUGUGGGCCUCGGAUCUAGCUCCCGGUGGAAAUUUUUACUCCUCCUCAUCCAGAAAUGUGCAGAACUGGAGUAUUUAGGAAUUCUGCCUUUGUCAUCUGUUUUAAUUUGCGUGCCCUGUUCGUUUUUUUUGUCUUUCCCAAAUCUUGCUGUUCUCUUUAUAGGUGAAGAUAAAAUGUUGAGUGCACUUACUUUAGAAUAUCCUAGCCAUAACUUAAGUAAAAGCGCUCUAUUAAUCUGAAACACUACAAGAGAAUUUAGCAACAUCUCUCAAAAGCUUUUUUGGAGAGAUGAACGGGAUUCUGAAUAUUUGCAAUGUGGAGUUCCAGCCCCGAUCUCACGUCAGUGAGGGUCUCCUGUCGAGAUCUCAAGUGUGUUUCCUUUGGCUGUUCCCUAAUACAAAAUAUGGACAUAUUUUUACUCGUAGCACUCAAUUUAGUAACUUCUAGAUGCUACCGUUGACCUGAGUUAAUUUCACUUUGUCUUGUAAGUAAAAAUUCUCCUUUCAGUCUAUUAUUUUCUUGGCCUUCCAUUUUAAAGGUUAAAGUUUCUAACCUAAGAAUUAAGUAUGCGUUCAGGAGUCUAGGCCCCUUGUGAAUCUGGGUUCAUUCCAAUACGGCAAGUAAGAGUUGGAAACUUUGAGAACACGGACUAUAAAGGCAGCAGCCCAAACACUGUCAGACUCUAAUUGGCCACCCUGGGAAACAGUUGCCCUGUUAUUCUUUAAAGAAAGACGUUUAUUCUAAUGAAAGCCAGACUGUUUUUAAAGCAUCUGGCAGGAAACAGAAGGUUGGAUCCAAGCCCUUGUUCAGAUUUGGUGCCUGAUAAGACGGGGGUUUCUCUUUUUGUGACCUUUAUUACUAUUUUGUUAACUGUUGUAACCAGUUAGCUGUUGUGUUUUAAGAUAGAAAGGAACCAGACUGAAAUUGUAAAUACUUUGUAAACAUAAGCAUUUGUACUUGAAUAGUAGGAUUUUAAAGGGCAUUGAUAGCCUACCAAACAAAAGGCAAAAUAAAGUGACCUUUUUCUAUA